AUGGUGCAGUCGCAGGUCACAUGUGUUCAAGGGGACUGGAGAUUGGCCCGUCGGCUCGGUAAGGUUCAAGGUACACUUGAGAACAGGCUGAGGUCGGCUGUUGAUCCAGAAGCAUUCAUGCAGGAAGUAUUCAAUCUGUUUGAGAACACCAAAGCAAGCAAGAUUGGUAACCCUUCUCAUGGUGUAGUGGAUAACUCGACCCUGCAUCGAAGGCUUGUUGAAGAACUUGAAACUUUGGGCUGGGACAUGGUAACACAUCUGGAGCCAGAUUUGAGUCAGUUUGAGCUAACCUGCAAUUAUUCAUCUGAUAAAACACACAAUAUUGCUGUACAAGUUCAUUCAGAGCACCCAUCAAAUACCCCUGUUUGUACCGACAUAGAGAAGGAUUAUUUUAAACUGCAUUGGACUCCAAAGCUCCACCUCCAUGAUGUCUUGACUAAGUUUGAAGGAUUCCUGCAGAAGUACAGGUCAUUCUGGGAGGAGAUGGCUGAGAUUGAUAACAAUACAUGGGUCCUUGAACCAGAGAAACCUGGACCAAUGGAUGUCAGCCGCAGAAUAGCCCUAGGUAGUAAUUUUUCAAUUCAGAUUGAAGUGGACCCUCUUCACCCUCGUAUGCUGCCUAAAUGCAGAUUCCUAGGAGCUGAUAAUGUCAUCAAUCCUGUACGGAAACUCCUGAACACCAACCUGCAUGCUUGGAACAGCCAAUCAUCUCUCUUGACAAACCUUCGCAACGUCCUUGAGGUGGACUUCCCCACACCCGCAGAAUCACAGGUUCAGGACUUCAAAGAGGAAUGUGGAAUAUGCUACUCCUAUAGCCUGGAUGGAGUCAUUCCUGAUCAUGUCUGUGACAACCCUCAUUGCAACAAACCAUUUCACCAGACUUGUCUCUAUGAGUGGUUACGUGCCUUGCCGUCAAGCUACCAGUCAAUUACGGGAGUAGGGUUCAACGUCCUGUAUGGAGAGUGUCCAUACUGCACAAAACAGAUAUCAGUCAAGAAGAUCAAAGACAGAUGAUCACCCUCGCAACUGUGAUUACCAAUUGGUUCAGAUCCGCUGAGCAAAGUGUGUGAGGACAGAUGAGAGUCGUCACAUAUGUGAUUGAGAACAAGAUGUCUGGUGCACAUCCACCUAGCGAAGUGUGUGUAAGGUGCCUGGACGGUGCCUCAUCUUUGUUAGGCCACUUCUGGUGUCAACAGCAGCAUCCAAGAUUUGAUUGACAAUUAGAUGCGUGGUGCACAUUCACCGAGGAAAGUGUGUGAGGUGCUUUGAUAGUGCCUCAUCUUUGUUAGGACACUUUUGGUGUCAAAAGCAGCAUCCAAGCAUUGAUUAACAAUAAGAUGCGUGGUGCACAUUCACUGAGGAAAGUGUGUGAGAUGCUCCGAUGGACCCCCAUAUCUGCUAGGCCACUUUUGAUGUCAAGAGCAGCAUCCAAGAUUUGAUUGAUAAUUAGAUAUGUGGUGCACAUCGAUGGUACCCCAUCUCUGUAAGGCCACUUCUGAUGUCAUUAGCAGAAGCAUCCACGGAACUUUUGCCAAGACCUAUUUAACACCUGGAUGGAGAGAGUCAAAUUAAGAUCAGUGCUUUACCGAGGAACACGACUGAUGUGAUGGGAUUUGGGGUUCUUAUAGCUCA